AUGGCAGUGAUGUUGGGCAGCAUGAAGAAGUUAGAGUCACACUGGUGCUACGAAAUUCAAGCCAGGUUCAACAGAGACUGCAUGGGGCCGGACCAAUGGGGUCAACAGUGCCAGAAGGACCGACAGUCCCCCAUCAACAUUGUCACGGCAAAGGCACAGCUGAACGAAAACCUGGGACCCUUCUCCUUCUCUGGCUAUGACAAGAAGCAAAAGUGGUCUGUCGAAAACAAUGGGCACUCAGUGAUGGUGUUGCUGGGGAACGAGUCCACAAUUGCUGGAGGAGGACUGGCCUCCCGAUACCGGGCCAAGCAGCUGCACCUGCACUGGUCCGCGGUGCUGGAUGCAGGGUCAGAGCACAGCCUCGAUGGGGAUCGCUUUGCCAUGGAGAUGCACAUAGUACAUGAGAAAGAGAACAGGAAAGAGGCCCAGGACCCCAAAGAUGAGAUCGCAGUGCUGGCCUUCCUGGUAGAGGCUGGGUCCAAGAAUGAUGGCUUCCAGCCCCUGGUGGAGGCGCUGUCUGAUGUCCCCACACCCACGAUGAGCACCACGGUGAAAAAGAGCAUCAGCCUGUCAGACCUGCUCCCUGAGGAGGAGAAACUGAGGCACUAUUUCCGCUACCUGGGCUCGCUCACCACGCCGGGCUGUGAGGAGAAGGUUGUCUGGACUGUAUUUGCAGACCCCAUUCAACUCCACAAGGACCAGAUCCUUGCGUUCUCUGAGAAGCUGUACUAUGACAAGGAGAAGAGACAGAAGAUGGAAGACAACGUGAGGCCCUUGCAACGCCGGGGGAAGCGCGUGGUGUUCCGAUCCGGGGCCCCGGGCCCACUGCUGCCCUUGCCAUUGCCCGCUCUGCUAGCCCCCGCACUUACCUGCCUGCUGGCUGGCUUCCUCCAGUGAUGGGUCGCUUCUGGAAGCUUGACUUCUGACCUCGGCCCUCAGAAGGCUAGGGCCUCCCUUCGUCGGGCUUCCCAGGUUGCACUUCGAUGAUGAUGGAAU